CCAUUGCCACCCCCACCCCACCUCACAACCCACGAAAAAUAUUUAAAACUCCAUUCUACCAAAUACUGAAAGCUACAACCAUAACUCCUUAAUUCCAAGGAAACACCCACACGCAUCCUCCAUGCCAUGGAUGCAGAAGGAGACUCACCACCGUUCUGGUCUCAGCCGACCACCACCACCUUCUUCAACCCUCAUCGCCGCCGCGGGCAGCCUUCUCCAAUCUUCAACCCGGUGGUACUAAUUCUGGCCGUACCAAUUCUCAUAUUAGUGAUUAUGUUUUUCUUGGUCCCUCCAUUUCUUUCACACACCACUCAAAUUCUUCGUCCUAAUUCAGUGAAAAAGAGCUGGGAUUCACUCAACGUCUUGUUGGUAUUGUUUGCAAUUAUUUGUGGCGUUUUUGCUAGAAGAAAUGAUGAGGUUCCACCGCCUGAUGAAGCUGAUUUACAGGACUUAAAUGUUUCACAAGUUUCUGAUUUUGCUAGGCCACCGGUGCCGACGAGGGAAUCUGUUUCGAGUUCUCAGUGGUAUGGGUUUUCAGAUAAUGUUAUGAGUACUCCGGUGGGAAGCGGCGGUGGUGCACGGCUGAGGAGGAGCAGCAGCUCUUAUCCUGAUCUGAGGCACGAAUCUGUGUGGGAAAUUCGGGAUAAUAGGUUCAGGUUUUUUGAUGAUUUUGAGGUGAAAGCUUACCGGAAUUCGCCGGUGGCUGAACAUUUUCAUCGCCAUGCUCGGCGGAGUGAGGUGGAGAGUGACGAGCCUGAGACAAUUGUGAAGGUGAUUCCGGUGGAUAACUAUAAAGUUGAAACUUCACGGUCUCCACCCCCACCUCCGACACCGCCAAAAUCACCUGUACCACCACCGCCUCCGCCACCACCUGCGGCGAGUUUGAAGCGCAGAAGAUCUUUCAGAAGCGUCCCAAAGAAAGAAAAGUUUGAAAAGCGGAGGAAUGAGGAUGAAUUUAAUGAAAACAGACCGCCGCCACCACCACCUCCGCCUCCACCAGUAGCAAAGUCGCAAUUUCCGGAGAUAACAAGGGAAAUAAUUCACCGGAAAAAGAGUGGCACCACCAAAGAAAUAGCAACUGCAAUUGCUUCAUUGUACAUCAAAAGUCAGAGGAAGAGAAAAAAGAAAGUGAAAACUAGAAAUAUUUAUAACAUUGCCUCCGCCUCCGAGAAUUCUUCACCUGAACAGUCAGGUACAGCAGCACCACCUCCUCCGCCUCCGCCUCCACCUCCGCCACCAUCUAAGGUUUUACAAAACCUGUUCAAAAAGAGUAGCAAGAAUAAGCGUGUACAUUCUGUUUCCAACACAGCACCACCUCCCCCGCCCCCUCCUCCGCCACCAAAUUCAAUUUUCAACAAUAUUUUCAAAAGCAAGCGGUUCCAAUCAUCUUCCACGACUUUACCACCUCCACCACCACCACCUCCUCCUCCUCCACCUUCUUCAAUUCUCAAUUCUUUAUUCAAAAAUGGAACCAAAAGCCGCCGUUUCAAGAACAUAAGCACCCUGCCUCCAGCACCAACUCCACCACCGGAACCCCGGUGGUACCACUCUGUCAACGCCGGGAAACCUCCAAAACCCAACAAAACAAGCUCCUACUACAAUGAAAGCGUCAUUAUAGAACCAUCAUCUCCCCUUAUACCAAGGCCUCCUCCUCCACCACCAUUCAAAAUGAAGGAAAUGAAAUUCGUGGCACGUGGAGAUUUCGUUAAGAUAAGCAGCGCGCAGAGCUCCCAGUGCAGCUCCCCGCCGUCGGAGCUUGAAGAUUUUGAUAUGAUGUCAGUCAAAUCCGAGGGUGGAGAUUCAAUCGGGCCUUCAGUUUCUUGCCCAAGCCCUGAUGUGAAUGUCAAGGCUGACACUUUCAUAGCCAGGCUGCGAGAUGAAUGGAAGCUGGACAAGAUGCAUGAAUUCAAUUAAAGGGAAGAGAAAAUUGGGCCGAUGUCCCGGUUGGCCCCGCCCGAUGUCGCAUAAUUUGACUGUUGAAAUUGUGGUGUGAAUUUUGCUUAUAAUUUACAGAAAAAAAAAAUGAAAAAAAUAAAGUUGAUUUUGAAUAACAUGUAGAGGUAUAUGAUAUGUGCAGGCAGAGAAUGGACUGUGGAGAUUAUGGCUCUUUUUUUUUUUUUUUUUUUCUUUAACCUCAAAUUAGAGCCCAGCCCCUUAAUAUUAUUGUACUUGGAUUGUUGAAGUUUAUUUUGAUUUAAGGGCUCUGAUUGUAAUUUUUGUUUCACUUUCAGAGUCCUUAUUUGUCAACAGGGAGUUUUUGAAUU